AUGUCAUUUGAACAAGCACACCCACGCGCUCUGAGGUACCCAGCCAUUGCUCACCGCCAUGGUGCCGCGUUGCUCUUGCAGCCCGGCAAGGCUGCCUUGGCCAUUUUCCAGACGCUGGGACGAUGUGUGACGGUGGAGGAUGAGGGGAACUUCCGACAGCUGAUGGGCGUGUCUUGGCUCACUUCAACGGUCUUGGAUGCUGUGUCCGGGCUCAUGGGGAACUUCUACAAGCAACAGCUCACGGUGCAGCAGUGGUUGACCACCCACGGCAUCUCCGGCGACACCGCCGCGGCCUGGACCACCGCCAGCUUCGCCGCCUGGGCCGAAGACAGCGGCGGCGCGGCGGAGGCGACCUUGGCGCGGCUGCUGGCGGAGCAGACGCCAGGGGGCCUGAAUGAAAAGGUGUGGCAGCUCCUGGAUGAGGAUGGCGCCAACCAGGCCUUAACCCACGCGAUGGCGUGCGUCCACCGGCGCCUGCAAGAUGGUCACUUCGACCCUGAUCUGGCGCCCGCACGCCAGCGCUUGCGGCGCCAGCGCUCCGCACAACGCGGCGCCUUCGUCGCCGGUGCGGCGGCGAUGGCCGCGGUGGCGGCCGUGCUGCUGGCGCUGCGGCCGAAGCUUUGA